AUGAAAAAUUACAAAUUUAGAAAGACCAAAAUAGCAGAACAGCAGCAACACAGUAGCGGAGCAACAGUAGCUAUAGAGCAGAACAACAGCAGGGGCAUGCAGCAAGGGCAUAGCAGCAUCUGGUCUGCAGACACUCCAACAGCAGGGGCAUGCAACAGGAGCAACAAAGCAGAAUGCUUAAGCCAUCAAUGGCCAACAUACAAGCAGUCAAAAAAAAAGGAAAUAAGCAUCCAAAGGAUCAGAUACCAAGCACUUCGAAACAAGAUGGGAGAGAAGGCUCAUAUCAGCACAUCCCUAUGUGAUGUAGGCUAUGUUACUGAGGCUAAAGGUGUGGACCACAGAGGAGGGCAUGCCAUUGCUCGUGUUUCUUCUGUUGAUGACUCUGCUGAGUGGUCGAUGGCUCCCCCUAUUGGGCCACCCGAUUUGGUUGCAAAAAAGUUAUCUGGUGUUCCUUUUUCAGGCUUUUGUGGUAUAGAUGCAGGCCUGGAUAAGGCUUAUGCGACUUCUUCUUGGUUUCAUGAGUAUCCGGAUACAGCUGUAAUUCAUCACCCUAUUCUGUUCUUGGAUCAUGCUGCUAUUAUUCUAUCUGACUCGGCUGAGGAUAAUAAAGUUCGUCGACCUUAUAGGAUAGAAAAUUGGUGUUUAUCGGCAAAGGACGUACACACUAUAGUUGACUCUGUAGUUUCAUUGAUCGUCGCUGGUUCUCCGAUGUUUUCUCUGUCUUGGAAUUUAUCUUUCAUUAAAGAUCGUCUGUUAGUUUGGUGCACCUCUCAUAAACGAUUGUGGGGUAUUGAUUGGAAGAAUCUAGCCCUGUCUAUUGGUCAGGCUGCCUCUAGUUUGCAUACUCGAUCUUGUCGCCGUCGUAAUAAGAUUCAUAGUUUGAAGUCCUUAGAUGGUUCUUGGGUAACUGAUCCUAUAGGUAUUAAGUCAGUGGUGCUUUCGUUCUAUCAGCAUUUGUAUACUGUCCAGGGGUCCUCUCUGGUGACAGAAUCUUCUUGUAUUGAUGAUAAUAAGACUCCAGGACCGGAUGGUUUUUCUUUGGCUUGUUUCAAGAUUCAUUGGCAGUUGGUCGGUCCUUCUGUAGUUGGAGCAGUUCAGGAUUUCUUUACUCAUGGCUAUAUGCUAAAGAAGUGGAAUCAAUGCUUUUGUUCUGGGACGUCUUGUGUUAGACAAUGCUCUAAUUACCCACUCUCGUUCAUGAAUGCUUCAAGGGCUAAGAAACGGUAUUAUGUUGCUCUGAAACUAGACAUGAAUAAGGCCUAUGAUCGGGUUCGCUGGGAGUUUUUACUUCAUGGUUUACAGGUGUUGGUCAAUGGGGAUCCGUCUUCCACCUUUCUCCCACAGUGUGGUCUUCGGCAAGGUGAUCCGCUUUCUUCGUACUUGUUUGUUCCCUGUAUGGAAGUUCUUCCCGCCAUAUUACGCAGCGCGGAGAAGCAGUCGUUGCUCAAAGGCAUUUGUAUUUCGCGGGGAGCGCCUUCUAUUUCAUAUUUGUUCUUGGCAGACGAUUCCCUGCUGUUCUUCCAGGUCUCUCCGUCUACUUGUGAUAAUCUAAUGGGCCUUCUUUCGGAUUUUUGUGAUUAUCGGGAUUAUCUGGCUCGUAGUUUAAGGCUUCAAUGUGGGGAUUCUUUGGAUUCUUAUUUGGGAUUGCCGGUUGAUUUGGGGAGAAGUAAGGUUUCGGAGUUUCGCUUCCUGGUGGAUAAAGUGCCAAAGCGUCUUUCUGAUUUCGCCUCACUUCGCCUUUCUUCUGCAGCUAAGUUGGUGAUUAUCAAUCCAGUUCUUGUUGCUUCGUUCAACUAUAUUUUGUCUGUGUUUCAGAUCCCCUCCUCGAUCUGUCAACAUGUUGAUCGAAUGCUUGCUUGUUUCUGGUGGCGCUCCUCAUCUUCGUCUCGGGGGAUAACCGUUCGCUCUUCUUCUCUACUUCAUCUUCCUAAGGGCUUGGGCGGACUAGGGCUUCGUAGUUUAUAG